AUGCAAGACGAUGAGGUUAUAUGGCAGGCUAUCAGACACAAGCAUUGCAGUUACAUGGCCAAAAUCGAAACCGGAAACUUCUGUAGAAACCCUUAUAACGUAACGGGUAUCUGCAACCGAAGCUCUUGCCCUCUUGCCAACAGUCGCUACGCCACCAUCCGUGACCACGAUGGAGUGUUUUAUUUAUAUAUGAAGACAAUAGAGAGAGCUCACAUGCCAAAGAACUUGUGGGAGAGAAUAAAGCUGCCUAGAAACUAUGAGAAGGCCCUUGAACUCAUUGAUAAGCACUUGCUGUAUUGGCCCAAGUUGUUGCAGCACAAGGUUAAACAAAGACUCACCAAAAUGACUCAGAUCCGUAUUCGUACCAGAAAACUUCAUCUCAAAACAAGGGAGAAGAUAAUGACUAUGCCUAGGAGGGAUAUAAAGAGAGAGCCAAGAAGAGAGGAAAAGGCUUUAACAGCAGCAGAGUUGGAGAAGUCCAUUGAAACAGAGUUGUUAGAACGUUUGAUGAAAGGCAUUUACCCUAAGAUACUCGAUUACCCUGAGCUUGUUCCUGAACUUCAAAAGGAAGUUGAAGUUGAAGUUGAAGUAGAAGAAGAGGAGGAGCCAGAGAUUGAAUAUGUUGAAGGCUAUGAUGAACUCUUGGAAGAAGAAGAAGAAGAUAUUGAAGAUUUCUAUGGCGGCUUCCCAUCUAAGGAGUCUCACCUUGACAGUGAUGAUGAUUAUGACUUUGAAGAAGAUGAGGAUGAGGAGAAAGUAGUGAUUCAUAAAAAGGGGAGAGCUUUGAAGAAGUUUGAUGGUAAUGGAAAGUCUAAGAAGAAAUCAAGAGUAGUUGUCGAGGUCGAGCAAGAAGAUGGAGACAGUACCGGCCCUGGCCACAAGCAGAGGAAGCAUGGGCUUCCGGCCGACACAGAGACGAAGAGAUAA